GAGAUCAGUGAGAAUACUAGUAUUUUAUAAAUGUUUACAUUUGCAUACAGAUGCACGUACACAAAUUAUGUGAAUACUGCGAAUAAAUAACUAUUUGAUUAAAAACUAUUAAAUGCGUUUCUAUGUGAAUCUAAGAGAGAAUAAAAUAUUUUUGUGUAAAAAAAUCUACGUACUUGCCUUCGCUUACAUAUUACAUACAUAUAUAUGUGCUUUAAUAAAUAAUGCAAAAUAAUAUUUAAAAAAUCGAAUUGCUUACCUCAAAACUCUGGAAUGCUGCAAAUUAAACCCUGAUAAGAUAAGGAGCAAAGAACGUAAUAAACGACAUCAACAUAUUUUAAGCGAAGCGAAAGCUAACAUUCGCAAGUACAAUCUGAAUUUAAAAAUAUUUUUGGUUGCCAAAAUCAUAUACCUGUCAGAAUAUCUGAUACAAAACUGUGCCAUAACUACGACGCCAAUAAAAAUGUUGAACAUUUUGCCAAGAGCCAAUUGAGUUACCUGACAAUGAAGAUUGCACAUAAAAGUUAUAAAGCAGCGGCGGCAAUAGACAAACAAAAGUAGUCCAAUAUCUUUGAUAUAAAGGAAACUGAGUUAUAUAGAAAGCCAACAGUUAUUUAUUUGCAAAGCUGAUAGAUAGCAAAUAACAUAAAUCCAGAAAUUUGUCUGGUAAAAGUGAAUAUACAGACCAGUAAACAAGUAUAUACACAAUCCAUACACAUGCAAUAGCAGCAGUUUUAACAACAAAAAUAUCAAGCCUUAUGCGGCAUAUACUUAUCAACGUACACGCGCUUCUACAUAAACACAUUUACACCCACAUUCACUGCAAAGUUGUUUUGCCAUAUUGACGAGUGACCAACGCCAGCACCUAUGGGCAAGUGUGUGUCAAAGCAUCCCUCUGUACUAACAAUCGCAUUAUCCGAAACGGACUUGGCCGCAGCAAAUCAAAUUUGGAGUAAAUUUGCUGAAAGCACCGAAUACAUCGCGCUCAAGGACGAGCAUGGAAAUCAAUUAUGUGAAUAUUACUAUGCGAGCGGCAAGAAGAAAAAGCCGAAAGCAAAGUCGAAGAAGAAGGCGCAGGCCAAGUCAAAAGGAGUCACACCACAGUCGUCAAAGUCAACGGAUGAGGAUAAUGAUGCGAAGGCUACAGUUGUCGGCGCCACACAGUCGGCUAAGCAAAAUCAACAUUCAAAUGAAAGUCAGAAUCCAGAGGCGAAUCAGAGCCAUCAGAAGAGUCAAAACAAAAAACGAUCGAAAACUGUGGAAAAACAAUCAACAACAACGCAACAAAGCAAUGAAAACAAAUCAAACCAAUGGACAGCAAACAUUGUGGCAACAACAAAUAUUACAAGUAGCACAGUAGCGAAUUGCAGUGCCAUAGAAAGUGAGGCAGAAAAGUUGCGGCAAGAUUGUGUUACUUCAGUUGAAAUUACUAAUGUUGUUGAUGACGUAAGGACGGGCACGGUAAUGUAUGCCAAUGUAAGUCACUGCGAUUAUUGUACCAUUGUUAGCACCACAGACGACGAUGACGACGGCGACGACGAUGACGACGGCGACGGCGAUGGCGACUAUGACAACGACGCUGAAGGAGAUGAGGAGAGCGUUGAGAACGAGCAACUAUUUGAGAGACGCCACCUCUAUAAUGUGGCUACUGAGGUUAUUCUAGUUGACAACACUCAUAUAACUACCGUUGAUGCUCAUAAAAAUCAACAACAUUGUUUGGCUCAUAUUCAGUUGCAACCAGAGGAGCAGAAUGAUGGCGACAAGACUGCCACUGACACAAAUAAUAAUGCCAAAAUAACGGUGGAGAAGUGCGAAGAGCUUCACCUAAAGCAGCAGCCUGCGCAAUUAAUAAACGCUGCAGAGUGGAAAGUCAAUAUUGGUGUCGAAAAUGCGACUGAAGUUGCUGCAGACAGCGGGGAUGGUGAAAGGUUAAACGACAGCAAUCACUUUGCGGUGGUAUGCCAUGAUGUUACAGAGGUGAGUGACAAUGCGCGUAGUUUUAAUAUGCAUAACUUGUAUUAG